AUGCGCUGGUUAAGAUCAUUGGCAGUCUAUGCGGGAGUGGCAGCGGGUCUCACACGAGCCGCAGUACCAGAGGCACUGUCUGAGGCUUUUGUACCUGGAAUGACCUUAUUGGUCAAGUUCGGCGAUACUAGUAUCCAAGAUGAUAGCACAGCGUCAGCAGGAUCGAUAACCUCCUCGCCUGUAUUCACCUUGAACUCGCCAAGUGUCGAUAUCCCAGACAACACACGGUAUACAAUAAUUCUCAUGGAUAUCACCAACUCGAGAAACCCUACAACAGAGGCAGUGCUACACUAUGCAGCAUCAAACCUGCGCGCACCCAAGCCUGAUGGCGGGGAUCUGAUUUUCGGGACCGUGAACUUUCAGUAUAUUGCUCCAGCAGCGAAUACCGACAAUGCAGACUAUCUUUUCUUGGUGUAUGCGCAACUUGAUGGCGAAAUUGAGCUCAACUUGCAGAGCAUACCGGAACCAGGGGACGACCGCUUAUUCAGCGUGAAUAUUUUCCGACAGGAUAAUCUUUUUCAACUUGCGGAUACUGGGGUCGGGUUUACUAUCCGACCAGCUCCUAGUAAUAUGAGCACAACUUCGUCCGAAUUUAGCUCGACGACUUUCACAUAUCCGAACACAACGACUACGUUCAGUUCAUCAAUUCCUAGCACUACACCUGAGGAGACUAGCACUACCCCAUCGAAUACUACCAUAACCAGUAGCAGCAGCAGUGAGAGCAGCAGCGAGAGCAGCAUCACCUCGAAAACUACCCCUCCGCCUAAACCCGUGGAGCCAAGCACUUCAUAUCUCACAUUAUCCGUUGGUGGAUCCACAAGGACUGUUGUAUACACUGCACCUGAUGACACUGGCUCCACCCUGGGCCCGUCACAAACCACCGCAGACCCGUCCUUGAUAACCAAUGAGCCAAGCGCCGCUUCACAGAUAGCUGUCUCGAAGGCGGCUAUAACUAUCAUCAGCCUUUACAUUGCCCUUUUUAUAUUUAUUUAA